AUGACGAAAACUCUGACCAAAGUUGAGACCUUUGGGUUUAAGAGAAUCGGAACAGAGACUUCAGAAGUUGAGUUGUUGAAAGAGAGGAUGGCGAAGCUGCUGCUUGGUGAAGACAUGUUAGGUUUUGGUGAAGGAGUUUGUCCUGCUUUAGCCAUCUCAAACGCUAUUACCAAUCUCUACGCUGUGAUUCUGGGGCAACAAUGGAGGCUAGCGCCGUUACAUAGUGAGAAGAAAACCAUGUGGAUAAGAGAAAUAGAAGUUCUCUCUCUGUUAGUGAUCACAUUGUCGAAUUGGUGCCUUCCUUUCAGAACAUCCUCGAUGGAAGCAAGAUUGAGUAACUCUUACUUAGAUAACAUAUUUAAAUAA